CGUACCACCGGAACUGGAGGCGGAGGCUGCCUAUGGAGCUUGAAACCGGGAUACGCGUAGCUUCUUCCUGCGGAGAGGAUUGUAGAAGACCACAAUGUUUACCAACUGGAGGAUUUUUGCAGUGAAUCGUCAGAAAACGUUCAGUGUGCACAUUCAUACCAUGUGUUACUGUAAAAUAAAAGCAAAUUUUAAAAGAUCAAAGACUCAGGUGCCUCUUACAAGAAACUACAGUUCCCCACCAGGCGUUGUAGGAAAUGAAGUCAAAUCUCUUCAUUCCAUCAUUAACCCCCCUGUGGCCAAAAUCCGUAAUAUUGGAAUUAUGGCCCAUAUUGACGCAGGCAAAACCACCACCACAGAGAGGAUUUUGUACUAUUCCGGAUACACAAGAUCACUGGGAGAUGUUGAUGAUGGGGACACAGUGACGGAUUUCAUGGCUCAAGAGCGAGAAAGGGGCAUUACUAUCCAAUCAGCAGCCGUGACUCUUGACUGGAAAGGGUAUAGAGUCAAUCUGAUUGAUAUGCCAGGUCACGUAGACUUUACUCUGGAGGUUGAGCGCUGCUUGAGGGUGUUGGAUGGUGCGGUGGCCGUGUUCGAUGCCUCUGCUGGUGUAGAGGCUCAGACUCUCACUGUAUGGAGGCAAGCUGACAAACACAAGAUACCCCGGAUCUGCUUUCUAAACAAGAUGGACAAGACUGGAGCAAGUUUUAACUAUGCAGUUGAAAGCAUCAGGGAGAAGUUAAAGGCAAAGCCCCUGAUUUUACAGCUGCCAAUUGGGGAAGCCAGGACUUUCCAAGGAGUGGUGGAUGUGGUAAACAGAGAAAAGCUUAUUUGGAACUCAGACUCUGACGACGGAAAAGACUUCGAGAGAAAGCCCCUCUCAGAAGCGAGCGAUCCGACAUUGCUAAAGGAGACAGUCGAAGCAAGGAACUCCCUAAUUGAACAAGUUGCAGAUCUAGAUGAUGAAUUUGCUGACUUGGUUUUAGGUGAAUUUAGUGAAGAUUUUGAUUUGGUGCCAGCUGAAAAGCUACAGGCUGCAAUACAUAGAGUGACACUGGCUCAGGCUGCAGUGCCCGUGCUGUGUGGGAGUGCCUUGAAAAACAAGGGCGUUCAGCCCCUGCUGGAUGCUGUGACCACUUACCUGCCAUCACCUGAGGAGCGUGAGCACGGGUUUCUGCAGUGGUAUAAAGGAGACUUGUGUGCACUGGCAUUUAAAGUGCUGCAUGAUAAACAGCGAGGACCCCUGGUUUUCCUGCGCAUUUACUCGGGUACACUGACGCCCCAGUCGGCUAUCCAUAACGUUAAUAGAAACUGCACGGAAAGAAUGAGUCGUCUGCUUCUGCCAUUUGCUGACCAACAUGUAGAGAUCCCUUCCCUGACGGCUGGUAACAUUGCUUUGACAGUUGGGCUUAAACAGACUGCCACUGGAGACACCAUAGUCUCGUCCAAGUCUAGCGCUUUAGCUGCAGCUCGCAGAGCCGGAAGAGGAGAGAGGAAGCCUGGAAGGAGCAGUGAGGCAGAGAGUGUACUGUUGGCCGGCGUGGAGAUCCCAGAGCCUGUCUUCUUCUGCACCAUAGAACCCCCGUCAGCUGCUAAGCAGCCAGAUUUGGAUCAUGCCUUGGAACACCUUCAGCGUGAAGACCCCAGUUUGAAAGUCAAACUUGACCCUGACUCUGGACAAACUGUCCUGUGUGGUAUGGGGGAGUUACAUAUUGAGAUUAUUCAUGACCGUAUCAGGAGGGAGUAUGGCCUAGAGACCUACCUAGGACCUCUGCAGGUGGCAUACCGGGAAACCAUCUUAAACUCAGUUCGUGCCACAGAUACCCUUGAUAGAGUGCUAGGAGACAAGCGGCAUUUUGCGAGAGCAGAGCUGGAAGUCCGGCCAGCAGAAGAGCCGUGUGGUGUGGCCACGAUUGAGUACGCUGACUCUGUGGGUGAAGACCUGCUGCAGGCCCCUCGGGAGGACAUUGAAAGUGCUGUCCACAGUGCAUGCCUCCAAGGACCUUUACUUGGAUCCCCAAUCCAGGAUGUGGCAGUGACACUACACUCACUGAUGAUUCAUCCUGGCACCUCCACAACUAUGGUCACUGCCUGCAUCUCACGGUGUGUACAGAAGGCCCUGAAGAAAGCUGACAAGCAGGUGCUGGAACCUCUGAUGAGUCUUGAGGUCACAGUGAGUAGAGAGUACCUCAGCCCUGUCCUGGCAGAUUUGGCACAAAGAAGAGGGAACAUUCAGGAAAUUCAGACUCGCCAAGACAACAAAGUUGUUCUAGGAUUUGUUCCUUUAGCAGAAAUUAUGGGAUAUUCAACUGUGCUUCGAACCCUGACAUCAGGCUCAGCUACUUUUGCCUUGGAGCUGUCUACUUAUCAAGCCAUGAGUCCACAAGACCAAAGGACUCUGCUCAGCCAGAGAAGUGGUUUGGCCCGUGCGCUGUAGGCCCUUGGAAACGGGGAAAGCUGGGGCACGUGCCAGCUUUAUUCUCAGUGAGAAUGCUGUUCUAUUAACUGGCUGGUAAACUGCUGCUUCGCCCUGUGGAAAGAACUUGAACGAGACGUGGAAGAAUGGCAUUGGAGCUGCCAUCCUAAGACUGUUGAACCUGCUCUGCUGUAACGAACCACGGCUGGGCCCUGGUUGUCUCUCACCUCUCUGGUGCGCUGAUAGAAUAACCUGAUCAGGGCAGCUUAUAAAAGGGUUUCCUUUCUCCACAGGAAGCUGAGAGAGUCCUUCUUUAACCUCAAGCACACAGUAGAGUAGAUGUAGGGCCAGGCAGUGAAUUCUCCAAGUUCACUUAGGGAUGAACUUCCUCAGGCAAGGCUACGCCACCUAAACUCCCCCAACAGCACGCUCCCUGGGAACCAAGAGUCUUUUGCCUACAUGGAGGCCUGGUGCCUGUGGAGGUCAGAGUAGAUGUUAUGCCCUCCCCCCACCCCCGGAACUGGAAUUAUGGUGUGGUUAUGAAGAACUGAACUCUGGUCCUCUGCAAGAACAAGUGUUCUUAAAUACUUGAGCCUUCUUUCUGGCCCAGCAUUUCUCAUUUAACCAUUGCAGUGAUGAGAGUACCAUGCAGUGCUGGAGUUCUGUGUAGUAGUGCAAAGCUUUUUCUUUUAUUUUUUUUAAGCUGCUCACAUAAAAGAUGUCAGUAUUCAGUGUUUGAUUCAGAUAUAGAAAGAUUCAAUCAAUAAAAAGAUGGUUUAUUUAAAAAA